GUCUGAUUAUGCUGGGUGGGAUGCUUGGCUCCUUCUCUAGCCCACCCCCCAGGGACUGGAGACACCAAUCUGAGACAUCUUCACCUGUGAUGGAGACUUAAAAGAGAUGAAGCUUGUGCCAGAUGCCUGAAAGACAGAGGUUAACAUCCACAUCGGUAGCAAAUAGGAAAAAAAAGGGGGGGGGGGGUCUUGCCAGCGGGUGAUCCAUCCCUUCCAAAAAUCGACUUCCAGAAGAGAUCUGAGCCUCCCUCCACUGCUCCUCCUUCCUCCACCCGUGCUGAGACCUUUGAUAUGUUCACCCCAGUGCAGGCGGCGAGGGGAAGAGGAAGGGGAGAGGCUGGAGAUGCUGCCAUGGCUUCUGCUGCUUCUCGAGCGAGGGAAAGGGGAGAGGAAGGCACCCACCACACUGCCACGAAGCAUCGGCCGGAUCCUGAGCACCUGAGCGGCGGAGGUGGUGCAGCCAAAUCCCGGCCGGAGCGAGGAAGACUCGGAGACGCCGAGGCCGUCAGCCACCGAAACCAUCUCAGGAAAGGGAAUUUCCAGCCCAAACUCCACCUGGAGCAUUUGGCGGAGAAGCUGAAGCUCUUGGGCCUGGAAGGAGGCGGAGAGGAGGAGCAGCUCUGCUCGUGGCGUAAGAGGACGUUCGCCUUCAGGGAGGACGCGAAAGCAUCCGGCCGCGGUGCACCGAGGGCUCACGGAGGAGCCCACGGAGAGGAACCUGCCCAGGAACGCAGGGAGCAAAUUCAGAGAGACCUGGAGAGCCUCAAGAAACAAAGGGAAGAGCUUUUGGAACUGAAAGCGAGCGGGGAGAGGCGAUGCCAGGGGUAUUUGACACAGACAGAGGCCGAGAGGCAGAAAAUUGUGUCCGAAUUUCGGCAGCUGCGCCGGUUUCUGAAGGACCAGGAGCUCGUCCUCCUGGCCCAGCUGGGAGAGCUGGACAGGGAGGUGAUGAGGAGGCAGGAGGAAGAGGAGGCCAAGGUGUCGGGGGAGGUUUCGCUCCUCGACAUCCUCAUCUGGGAGAUGGAGAAGAAACUCGAGCAACCCGCGAGCGGAUUCCUGCAGGGUGGCAGAAGCACGGUGGGCAGGUGGGAGAUGGGCAGCGGCCGGAGGACGAUGGAGACCUCGGACCUGGAGCGGAGGCUCCGUGUCAUUUCUCAACAAAACGACAUCCUCAGAGAGGCGCUGGGGAGAUUUCAAGACAUUUUACCCUCUGAACUGGAGAAAGAGGUAGAACCAUCUCUAGGAGGAGAGGGAAAAGCAUUCGUGACUCUGGACCCCGACACUGCCCACGCGAGGCUCGUCCUGUCCCGGGACCGACGGGGGGUGAGGUGGACGGAUGCAGGGCAGGAUUUGCCCCCCGACCCCAGGUGCUUCGACGUCUCCUGCUGCGUGCUGGGCUGCCGGGGUUUCUCCGCGGGGAGGCACGGCUGGGAGGUGGAGGUGAUGGCUGGUGGGACCUGGGCCCUCGGUGUGGCCCGAAAUUCCCUGCCCAGGAAGGGCUGCUUGGAGUUUCGGCCGGAGGAGGGGAUCUGGGCCGUGGGGUGCUGCGGGAAUCGGUACCGAGCUUUCUCCUCCCCCCCAGCCACCCUCCCCACGAGUGGGAAUCCCAAGAGGAUCCGGGUGGUUCUGGAUUACGAGGGGGAACAAGUGGCUUUCUACCUCACUGCACAACUCCCCCCUGUCUUUGCUUUCCAAAAAGCCUGCUUUGGGGGGGAGAGCAUCUUCCCUUUCUUCUGGGUGGGGAGAGGCUCCCACCUCCACCUCUGCGCCUGAGAGCUGAGGGAAGGGAGAGGGGGUCCUCAAUUUUGGGACGCUCGAGCAUCGCCAUCCCCCCCCCGAUGCAGGCAAGGGGAGCAGAGCACCGUGUUCUCCCAGGCUUUGUUUUGUGCUCGUGUUAUUUUUACGAAGAUUUUCUACCGGAUCAUCCUAUAUAUAUUAAAAAAAAAAGAGGGGGGCAAACCAUUGAAUUUUCUU